AUGGACUGCCAGAUUGCUCUGCUUAGGCGGCAGUAUCUCCAACUUGUGGAGCCGUCUUGCCUCUCCUUCCCCCAUCUAAAUCUCCUGCAACAGUCGUCUUUCCAGGCCGCUUUAUGCACUAGUUUGUUUACCCCUGGGGCUUGGAAUGCAGCGCCUCCUCCACCGCCGGAAAGGUAUACUGCCCGGGUUCUCAAGAAGUUGAUUUCUCUACUCUCCGAGGGAGGAAGUCAAGCUCGGCUUGUGCCCGGGUCCGCUGUCACUGAAAACUCAUCUCAGGAGGAAGAGGAAGAGGGAAAAGUACGCUCACAGUUCCCUCACAAAAAGCCUAAGCCCCACCAGCUCCCGGUCUCACCUAAGCACCAGGAGAUCGACGAGCGACUACUAUCCCUUUACACUCGCCUCCUCUCGAGCCUGCCCUCCCCAUCUUCCACCACCCCCUUCUUACCCACUUCAAAGGAAAACGUGACAUAUACUCUCCCACCCUCACCCUUCUCGGGCCGUUCUAUUGGCCAGCCCAUCACCUUGUUCGAAUCACGCGCCCUGAUAUCUGGGAGCGGGACAACAGGGCUGAGGACCUGGGAGGCGGCAUUAGCGCUGGCGGAGUAUCUGAUCCUGAGUCACCUCGGGAGGUUUUAUAGCUUUCCCGGAGCUGCGGUGGUAGCGGGGGAGAGGCUAGUAGAGGAGGCCGGAAGUGUACUAGAGUUGGGGGCAGGGACGGGUCUGGUGGGCAUUGUGGCGGCCAGGUUGGGUGCUGGGAGGGUGGUUGUCACUGAUGGUGAUGAAGUUGUUUGUGAUGACCUAAAAGCUGGGCUGGAACGUAAUGGCGUCGCGGAUGUGGUGGGCGUCAGGCGGCUGGUGUGGGGUGAGGAGAAGGAGGGGGAGGGUAAUGAGGGAGAGAGGUUUGAUCUAGUGGUCGGGGCGGAUGUGGUAUGGUGAUCCCUUAGACUUUAUGCAGGGGAUAGAUAGGUGUUGAUAGUGGGUAGACAUACGAUACCACUGCUAUCGCACACCUCGUAGCCGAGUUAGUGAGGCUACUUAACAGAAACCCUUCAGCCAAAGCCGUCAUUUCCGCCACAAUACGCAACGAAGUCACCUUCUCCGCCUUCAGAGAUUCCUGCGGUACGUUUCCUCGUUCAUGUUCGCGCAUGUAUAUUUCGAACUAACCAAAUCUGCGUAUUCAAAUAGCGAAAAACAAUCUAUUGCUCCUGGAGGAAACCUGGACGCCGCCAACACCUCCAAUCUUUUACUAUCCUACAAGUACCCCAAUUCGCAUCGUACAUGUGACAAGAGAGCCACUUGAAUAACGGGCAUGAGAUAGCAAACUCUUUGCUGACCUAAAAAAAACUCGUGUAUAUACGCAGCCUCCACACUGGUUACGAACAUAGAUGUAACCGCACUUGUUGAUAGGAAUUCAUGUUUUGUUGAAUCACUUUUCGAAAGUGGCCGGGGGGGGUGAUCAGAUCGGGAACCACAAGCCCCGACUUGCGUGUAACCCACGUGAGAUCGAGGGAAGGAGCUUCCCGAAUAUAAAUCACCGCCUCCGAGUACCCUGCCGCCAGACACCAGCUCCAAUCUAUCCUGCUCUCUUAGCACCGGCCGGAGCAUCGGUUCCUCGUCGCUGUAUAACUUUGCCAACAGCAUCUCUGACAUCUGGCGCACUCCUAAUCGCCGAUUCGAUCAUCCAAUCUUCCAACUUCUUCUUAAGCAUCCUCUGCAUUCCAGGGUCCGCGUCGAACGGGAGCAAUUCCUGGGUAAGUAUUGUGGAAGCCUCAGCAUCGUUUCUAUGAAGGAGCGUUGCCAUGCGGUCCAGCUGCGGAUCCAGCGCUUCCGCAGUCAGGGGGCCACUGAUGGGACGGCUGUGCUGGAAAAGUGGUGCGAGCUGGGAGAGUGCGAUGAAGGUUGUAAAGAGGACCUUACGCGCGAGCGCAAGUUGCUCGAAAGGGAGGAGCGUAUUCAAGAUGGGGAUUCGUGUGAAGUAAUGGAACGGCCGAGUAACGAUGAAGGCUUCGAGGACAGCCAUGCAAAAGAAUGCGUAGAAGCGCCACUAUAUAUCAAAACAGCGUAUCAGCAAGAGCUUCAACCUCAACACGGGUUAUAG